ACUUAAGAAAAAAAAUAUUUAUUCUUAUCAUCUUAUGACUAGAUUUAUAUUGAAACCUCUAUCUCUUUAGUAAAUAAAUUUCUUUUUAAUCUAAAAUAGGCACAUGGUCUGAAAAUUUUCCAAGUGUCCUGGUAUGUUCUUAAUUCAAAGAAAAAUAGUUAUCCGAAAAUAUUUGUUAAAAUUCCAAGCUUGACCCCUUGGAUACAACAAAAUAUGUUAACCUAUACAAAUGAGAUAAAUAAUAUGGAUGAUGUUGAUGAUGUGCAUGUAAGACAAAAUUAUAUCACACUUUCCUUUACAAUCUUUGCAUUCCAAAACAAAAGGUACAGUUGGGCUGCUCCCUUGUUAGGUGAAAAAAUCUCACACAACACACACACACACAUCUCACUCUCUCUCCACGCUAUGUCUAUAUCUCCCCUAAAUGCAUCCAACAAUAUAUAUUGCUUUGGAGUACACUGCAUGCUCUCAUAGUCUCACAGUUUGUUGCUCCUCCAAAAAAGGUUAUUAUGCCCUAGUUUUCUUUUCAAUUUCUCCGUCAUAUUAGAUCAUAUAUAACUUUCAUGCUUUUUAGCCACCUCUCAUAUCAUCUUAUACAUAUUAAGAUUCACAAGAACUGAGAGAAAAUGGAAUGGACAACGACAAGAAACUUAGAAAACGUGAGAGUUGCUUUUAUGCCACCGCCAUGGCCGGAGUCAAGCUCAUUUAACUCGCUCCAUAGCUCCAACUAUGAUCCUUAUUCAGGAAAUUCAUGCACACCGACAGAUGCGCAAAUCGGACCGGUUAUCUCUGUACCGGAAUCAGAAAAGAUAAUCAAUGCGUACCAAUUUCCGAGCAACGACAACGAGAUGAUAAAGAAGAAGAGACUAACGAGUGGACAAUUAGCUUCACUUGAACGGAGUUUUCAAGAAGAUAUCAAACUAGAUUCAGACAGGAAGCUGAAGCUGUCGAGAGAGCUUGGUUUGCAGCCACGUCAGAUCGCGGUUUGGUUCCAGAACCGCCGUGCACGGUGGAAGGCGAAGCAGCUUGAGCAGCUAUACGAUUCGCUCAGGCAAGAGUACGAAGUUGUUUCUAGAGAGAAGCAGAUGCUGCACGAGGAGGUGAAGAAGCUAAGAGCUCUACUAAGAGACCAGGGAUUGAUCAAGAAACAGAUCUCCGGUGGUGAAGACAUGACGGAGAUUCCAUCUGUGGUGAUAGCUCAUCCAAGAGCAGAAAAUUUAAACAACAAUCAAAUCAAUGGAGAAAAUCAAAUUUACGGUAUUGAUCAAUACAACAACCCGAUGCUCAUCGCUUCCUCUUGCUGGCCCCCUUUCCCGUAAUAACUUUUGCUUAUCUUAGAGGGAGAAAGUCUUAGACAGAGCUUUAGAUUGGUAGGGACAUUAAAGUCGUGUUAGAUUAAGACAAGCUUUAUUUUUAUAUCACUGCACUUUCUAAUUAAAACAUAAAUGGAACGUUCUUGUGUCCCAAGCCAAAUAAUAUAUUCAUUCCACAGUAGUUAUUAUCUUAUUGCUAUUUGAAAGUUGCCUUUUCCUUAUGUGUUAGUUGUGUUUCUUGCCUGCAACUUCUGGCUUCUUAGGCCAUCCACAUUGAUUGAAAGACUCCUUAGAUUUCUUAACACAGGUUUUUAUAUCUAUUAAUAAUAGCAGUCUCCUAUAAUUGUAACACUUGUUAAAAAAAAUCCCAAGAAAUAUUUGAGUCUCUCAUACAGAGACUCCUUUUUUCACUUAUUUUUCUAUUUUUUACUUUUUAUUAUUUAUUCUCAAUAGACUCUUUGAUUUUCAUGCCCUAGUUUUCUCAUUGUCCUUUGAUUUUUGCAAUAGUAUUACAUUUAUUUUCAUUCACG